CUCACACACACACAGAGAGAGAAGAGAACAGAGAGAGAAGAUGGGGAGAGCACCCUGCUGCGACAAGGCAACGGUGAAGAAGGGGCCAUGGUCACCGGAGGAGGAUGCAAUGCUCAAGAACUACAUUGAGGAGCAUGGCACUGGGGGCAACUGGAUCGCCCUGCCGCAAAAGAUAGGGAUGAAGAGAUGUGGCAAGAGCUGCAGGCUGAGGUGGUUGAACUACCUGCGGCCAAACAUAAAGCAUGGGGACUUCACCUCAGAGGAGGACGGCAUCAUCUGCAGCCUCUACAUUAGCAUAGGGAGCAGGUGGUCCAUCAUCGCCGCACAGCUGCCGGGGAGGACUGACAAUGAUGUCAAGAACUACUGGAACACAAAGCUGAAGAAGAGGCUCCUCGGGCGGCGCAAGAACCGGGACGCGCACCACCGCCACAGCACCGGCGCCGCAAGCGAGAUGCCCGCCGAGAACAUGAACGACGGUGAGCGGGCGCUGAGCGCGUCGGCGAUGGAGAGGAUCCAGCUCUGUAUGCAGCUGCAGAACCCCCUUGGCACCACCCGCAACCCCUUGAUGUGGCCUAGCUGCAGGACCACUCAAAGCAACAAUAGCAAUGUCACAGUAACUGAACAAGGGCAGUCCAGCUCCCUGAAUGCGCAGCUGGAGGGCGCUGCCAUGGACAGGCUUACUUCGCCGUCGAGCGCAGAGAACUCGGAUGUCAUCAACAUCGAGGCCGAGCUCCAAGAACUGCUCUACGGUGAGGGGGGUCAAGGGAAAGCCGGCGCGAUUGACGGCGGUGCGCAGCAGGGGGAUGUGGACUGGUGGAGCUAUGAUCAGGACAAGUCUGUGAAUUGCUGGGACUCCACUCCUGAAACAAACUCGGGGUUCCAGGACUACACAUCUGUUUAUGACAUUUAAUUUGAAGUUCCAAGAACCUGUUAAAAGUAAGUUAGAGAGGUGAGUAAUAGGGAUUUUUCUAGACUUGGUUCUGGAUUUGUGACAUCUACACAAACUGGAUGGAACGACUUGUAAGAAAUCUGUAGUAAGCAGUAAGGGAUAAAUAAAGGUAUGUAAAAAAGGCCAGGUUCCAAGAAAUGCUAUA